CGACGGGCGCAAGCUGAGGAGCCCUUGGAAACUGCAUCACUCCACACUGCCCGUCUCCUCACGCUGACGUUCUUGGCUCUUCCUCAUCUUAUUUUGGAUGCGGCUCUAACCGCAAUGGCUGAGGUAUCGUCGCCGGCAGCGGAGACGGAGGCGGGAAAGCGAGCUCCCUGCUCGGCGGGGCUGGUCGGAGAUGUGGAGUCCAAGUGCCAGCUCGCAAACGCUCCGGCUGCCGGCGCCGCAGUGGUGAUGGAGCCGCUCUGCCCUCAAGCAAAGCCCGGCACCGCAUGCAGCUCGGGCUCGGCGGUUGCAGGGAGGGGAGUGCGCGUCUUAAAGAGGAACAUGAAGCGCAAUGCCAGUAGGAGUUGCCUUGGAAAGAAAAGUAAUUUGGGUUUACGGGAGAGAGAGUGGCUCAAAGGAGAUAUAAGAAGAGGUUGCAUAUAUAUUCAUGGAAAGGAGAUGGUAUCAGCAAAUGUUUCUUCCUCCACCUCUUCGUCUGGUACUUCGCUAUCAUCCACUUCCUCAUCAUCUGGCCCAGAUCUUCAGUUGGUACUCUGCAGCACUGAAACAACGACAGCAGAGCUGUGCACUCAGGAUAGUGAUGAUUUGUAUCUGCAGCUCCAUGGUGAUUUCAUCAGGAGACUGAAUCCAGAUGAGAGGCCUCUGCAAAUCCUUUAUGAUUAUCUAUCUGGAUUAGGUUUCCAGGACCCGCUUCGGUUACAAGAGGAAGCUGCUAUUGCUGAUUUGAGCUGCAUGAUCAGAUAUUUUCAUGGAAAGCCAAGUAGCAUAGAGCAACUGGAUCAGAUCCUUCUCUCUGGUGUGUUCAGUGUACGGAAAGGGAAAACUCAGUUGCACAAGUGGUCAGAACGCCAAGUCAUUCUCUGUGGUACCUGCCUAAUUGUGUCUUCAGUAAAGGAGUGCCAGAUGGGAAAAAUGCAUGUACUUCCUCUCACUGGAGGCAAGGUGGAAGAAGUAAAAAGAAGACAAUACUGCCUCAUGUUCAGUUCUGCUGGGCAGCAAGGACAAACGUACUAUGUGACCUUUGAUUCAUAUCCAGAAUGUUUACGGUGGUUCAGACAGGCAUCCAAGGUGGUCUCACAGCGAAUUGGUACAGUUGAUCUGUCAUGUUACAGCCUUGAGGAGCUUCCUGAAUAUCUCUACUUCAGUCAAGAUAUCACACAUCUUAAUCUACGGCAUAAUUUUAUGCAUGCUGACACUGGACUCUGCAACCUUAACAGAUUCACUCAACUGAAAAGCCUGAAUCUGUCGAAUAAUAAACUGACAAAAUUUCCAGCAUCCUUAUGUGAAAUUGCAACUCUUACCGAAGUCAACCUCUCUUGUAACAGGAUACAUGACAUUCCCGAAGAGAUUGGAAACUUAAAGAAUCUACAGACUUUUAUUCUGGAUGGGAAUUGUCUUCAGAGUUUGCCCUCAGAAUUGGGAAAUGUGCAACAGCUAAUUCAUCUUGGCCUGUCCUUCAAUGACUUCAAAGUGAUCCCAGCAGUGUGUACGAUUUUGACAGCUAUAGAUAAACUUAGCAUGGCUGGAAACCAUUUGCAGACGUUAACAUUGGAAACACUGGGACAGAUGACUCAUAUUAAGCACCUGGAUCUUAGGUUGAAUUCAAUUGAGUCAGUGAUGAUGGGCAACCUGGAAGCUAUUAACCAUGUAAUUUAUCUGGAUCUGCGUGACAAUCUCCUGACUGAACUUGACUUGAGUGUGUUUGCAAGUAUUGAACAUCUGCAUUGUGAACGUAACAAUCUGUCCUCCCUUACUUUAAGUGGCUUUUCUCUGAGGACAUUAUAUGUUGGCUCCAACCAGUUGACAACAUUGAGCAUAUAUCCACUUCCUGGACAACUGGUUCACAUUGAUCUCUCAAGAAACAAAUUGGAAGCUGUACCUGAUUGGGUCUGUGAUGCCAAGAAACUCGAAUUUCUGGAUGUCAGUCAUAACCAGAUUACAGAAUUACCUAUGAGAUUAUUGUGUAGCUUGAGCCUACAGAAACUGUUCGUUGGACAUAAUCAUCUUCACAGUCUGCCAAAUCAGUUGGAGCACAUACCUCUGGAGGUUUUCGACGUACAACACAAUCAGCUCAAUGAGCUUCCAGAAUGCCUUUUCCUUAAGGCUUUAAACUUACGAUGUCUCAACGUGUCUGCAAACAAUCUGGAAUCGCUGCCUGUUAGCAGUGAUACUGAAGAGAGUCUCAGUAUGCUGCAAGAACUUUACUUAACUGGAAACAACUUGACUGAUAAGUAUGUAUCAACACUGACUGGACAUCCACGCCUUCGAGUACUCCAUUUGGCUUACAACCAACUUCAGUCAUUCCCAGCCAGUAAACUGUCAAAGUUAGAGUUACUAGAAGAACUGAAUCUAAGUGGGAACAAACUGAAGGCUAUUCCUACCACCAUAACCAACUGCAAGCGAUUGCACACACUCAUUGUUCACUCCAAUAACGUUGCAGUCUUUCCAGAGAUCUUACAAUUACCUGAGAUCAAGUUGGUUGACCUCAGUUGCAAUGAUCUUACAGAGAUAAUGAUACCUGAGACCCUUCCAGCCACAUUGCAGGAACUGGACUUGGCUGGCAACCCAAAUCUUGUUCUUGACCACAAGACCUUAGAAAUAUUCAGUCAUAUCACCACCCUGAAAAUUGAUCAGAAGCCUCCUGCAUGUAAUGAUUCAGUUGGAAUUUCGACUCUCUGGAAUCAUGGGUAUUCUGAAAUGGCAGGGCACCGAAAUAAACUCUGUCUUUCAGUUCUUGCCCUGGAUAGUUUUGGGGAUAACCCAGAAGCAUUAUACGGACUGUUUGAUGGAGACAAGAACAUGGAAAUUCCUCGUUUAUUGCAGUGCACUGUGGGAGAUGUAUUGGCCGAAGAAUUGCAGCAGUCCUGCGUGGACACUGUUUACAUGACUCACACAUUCCUCGUCUCACACAGAAAACUAGGGAUGGUGGGACAGAAGUUGAGUUCUUCGUCUGUGUUGUGUCACAUUCGUCGUGAUCCCAGUGACCACAGUAGCUACUUCACUCUUACUGUGGCUAAUGUGGGCAAUAGCCAAGUAGUGUUAUGCAGAGAUGGGCAGCCGCUGCCACUUUCAAAGUUGUUCAGUCUUGGACAGUGUGCUGAGGAACUUGGAAGAGUGAAGCAACAAAAAGCCAUUAUAACUGAGGACAAUAAAGUGAAUGGUGUUACUUCUUGUACCCGUCUUUUGGGCUGCACCUACCUCUUCCCAUGGGUCCUUCCCAGACCUCACGUCCGCACCAUAUCACUUACCGCUCAGGAUGAAUUCCUUAUCUUGGGUAACAAGACACUCUGGGAAAAUUUGUCCUAUGCUGAGGCAAUAGAAGCUGUUAGGACUGUGCCUGAUCCUUUAGCUGCAGCCAAAAAACUUUGCACCCUCGCUCAGAGCUAUGGCUGCCAUGAUAAUGUUGGUGCUGUGGUAGUGUACUUGAAUGUUGGGGAUGAUAACUGUACAUGUGAAGUUCAAGGAGUUCCAUUAGCUAGUCCAACUGUAUUUGCUCCUAUUAACAUGUCAGUAAAAGAUGGUACACAUUUUUCUGGCACCCCAUCAUCCAGCAGUGGGAUAGCAUCUGAAUUCAACAGUGAGAUGUCUGCUUCUGAAGUGAGCAGUGAAGUGGGGUCUACAGCAUCAGAUGAGCAGCCAGCCACAAGCCUGGAAGCUUCUACAAUCCCUCGUGCCGAACGUCGCUGCAGCCUCCAUCCGAGUUCUUCCACCAGUGUUUUCCAGCGACAGCUAUCUAGUGCAACAUUCUCCAGCAACCACUCAGAUAAUGGCCUUGAUAGUGAUGAUGACCAACCAGUAGAGGGAGUAUUCUCUAAUGGCAGUAAGCUGGAAGUAGAGGUGGAUAUCCAUUGUGUCCAUUUCCAAGUUCCAGGAAACUCCAACAUUUCACAAGGUCAUGAUGAGGGAUUAUUUGUCAACCUGUCUGGGGAUGACAGUCCGCAGUCAUAUAUAAAAGUACAAAAACAAAAUGAUAUAAACAGUGGGUCGUUGUUAGUGAGUAACAAGGAAGGAAGUGAUAUGAAGAAGUCUUCAUCUGCAUCAAACCUGCAGGGUAAGAAAUUUUCAAAUGGAUCUGUGGUCCCUCUUGAAAAAAGCCACAACAUUAUUGAGGUGGCUACAGAGGCACCAAAGAAAAAAUGUGGAUAUUUUGCUGCACCUGCACAGCCAGACCCAGAGGACCAAUUAAUUGUGCCGCCAGACCUGGAAGAGGAAGUGAAAGAGCAAAUGAAGCAGCAUCAAGAUCCUAUUUCAGAAGCUGAAUCGGAAAGAGACCCUAGAUUUACUCAGCAGGAGGUCUAUGACACAGCACUGUAACACAGUAUUCUUUCAAUGGAAUUACACUGAUGUCAAAAUGAGGGUUAGGAUAGUACUAUAUUAGAUAUUUGUGCAAAAUAUAAUCACAUCAUCACUAAAUAUUAUUUAAAUUGUACAUAAAAUAGAUUACAAGAUGCUUCAGCAUUCGUCAAAAAACAAAAUCUAUUGUGUGGUGUUGGCUUUGACCUAUUGAGAUUGUUAUCUUGUGAAGGUUUUAGGUUUUCAUUUUCAAUUAAAGCUGCAUUAUCCUUCUCAUAAUAUGAACAAGUAUUUAAAAAUAGUUUUCUAAAAAAGAUGGCAUCCAAUUAUAGUUGUGGUUGCCUGUGUAAAAUGUUUACAAAGUUUCCUUGAGUUAUAAAUGAACUGCAUCGAAGUCCAUUUUGUUAAAUUAAAAAAGAGUAGCAGCUUCCCUAAGUAGGUAGUGACAUUUUCAGUGGUUUAAGUUUUUUUUGCACUUUGGUGAGAAGACUUGCAUCCUUUCAUCUCGGGUAGACAGUUUACCUUUAACCAAAAUAAACAGCUUGAAAUCUGCAGAUUUUAAAAUCAAUAACGCAAAAUGACCAUAACCUGUCUUAGAUCUUUUGAGAUGUUUGGUUGCAAUGUCUGUCAAGGUUGCAUGGCUCUCUCUGCCCUACUAAUAAUUUUUGCUGCUAAGCUCUCCAAAGAACUGAGCAACCUUUUCAUUCAUCCUGGUUUAGGAAAGAUGGGCUUAAUGUUUGUAAACUUAAAUCUAAGUUGAAGCACAUUAAUACGGCAGCUUUGAAUUUAAAAUACAAACAUCUUCCAGGAGCAGAGAAGCAUCUCUGUACAAAUUGGCUUUAGAAUAUGCUUUGUUUUUAUUAUUUCAUAUUGCAACCAAUCAGUGCAAUUUGGCUCACAAUUUUCCUGGAAAAUCUGUCCUCUGAUUAUAGCUGGUAAGGAAAACUUGGCUAUAAUUUACAUGUUAGAGAAACUGCAAUUGUUUUUACUCAUCGUUAUUUGUCAGGGAGUCUGUAGGUCUGCUCAGAGGAUUAGACACAUGUGCUUUGUAUAAUUAAGCAUAAUUUAAUUGGUGGCACAUAUCAUGUAGUUUGUAAUAUAUUUAUCAGAGGGUAAGAAAUGUUCUUGAGUCACAGAGGUUUUGUCAGUUAAAAUCAUUUUAAACAAAUCUAUAUAUUUAAAACAUGCUGAGGUAGAGGAGCAAAGACAUUUUGACUAUAGUCUUUACUAUAUUUAAUUGCACUUAAAUCUUAUUUUCUACACGUUCAAACUAGGCAAGCAAGACUUAAACUUUGUUCAGACAACACUUUAUUUCUAAUGUAGGUGACAACAUCAUCUGAUGUUUUUGUGCAAUAUCAUCGAACAGUUAUUUAAGCAAAGUUAACUUUAUUUUACUGCCCAUGUGAAAGCUUUAGCAUAGCUGUGAAAGCUUUUAGCAUUUUCAGAUUUUAUUUCUGUUUUCCACAUCAGGAGAAUUUGCUUUAGCAAGGUAAAAUUUUGCUUUUAUGGCCUGAUUGAUACCAUGGCCGUUUUUGUUUGCGUGCAGGGAAAAGCUGAGAUCCUUAGCACCAACUGUGCAUGAGAUUGUGAAAUAACAUCAGGAAGUACUGUUUUUAUUUUGGGUCUAUAACCUUUUAUCAGAACUGAGGAAACAUGAAUAUAACAAAGUUCAAGUUGGAGAGAAAGUUGGGUGGGAAGAGAGAUCAAAUGAAGAUUAAGUGAUAGAAGUGGUGAUGAUCCUGGCUGAAAGAGCAAGGUAAGAUUGUGGAGUAACAAAAGAUCUGUGGUGAGGUGUACAUUGGAGGAACCUUCUCAAAUCUGAAAUUACAAGAGGGAAAAGUCAGCUGGUAAAGUGAGAUACAAAUUUGCAAAAACUGAUUAGCUGGAUUUGAUACUGAGUCUUGAGAGCUGUAAUCUGCUCAGCCAGAAGAUGAGAUGUACUUCAUUGGAACAGUGUUGGAGACUAAAGACAACCAGCUGCAGAGUAGCUGUGCAGUGGAAAAUGCAUUGAACAGGCAAUUAGGAGUUCAUAGUUAGCCUAUAUGUAAGAGACCAGCAAGAGCCAAACUACCCACGUGACCUUCCUUUUGAUCUGCUUGCUCUGAAUGCCCAACCAAUGAGAAACAAUUGACACUUACUGUCACAAUGUGCCGGGUGCUUAGCAAUGACGGAGCAAAACUAAUUUCUGUUUCUGGUAUUAAUUUGCUUCUGUAAUAAGUCUGAUAGGAUUAUUUAAUCUAGAAAAUUGAGAGUUGUCUGCAGUUUAUAAUGUUAAUAAAAUGACAGUGGCCAGAAGUUAAACCUUGAAAAAGUAUUCCACCCAUUUUUGGUGCAGUGGGGCAGCAGCACUAGAUUUUGUCCUUGAGCUCACAGCUGUGAAGAAAUGAUGAGGGAAAAUAGGAAGGGAGGGUGGGAAAUCAAGGUCAUUAGAGUUAGAGGAGCACAGUGCUGAGUAUUCCUCCCCCCCCCCCACAUACUCCACACUGUAGAUUGAUAAUGCAGUCAAGUACAUAGAUGCUAUGAUUAGCGCUGCUUACCUGCAAAAAAAUGCAAGCCUUUUAAAUCAAGGUGCAGGAGUGUGAAUAUCAAAUUCAUGUCGCAGGGGAUUCUUUAAUUCAUGCAUGAUUUGCAAUUUGUUCUCUCUUACGUGCCCAUCAAAUCCCCUUUGAAUUUAUUUCUAUUAACCUAUACUAAAGGGUCAUUUACAACAACCAGUUAACCUACCAGCAUAUCUUGGGGAUGUAGGAGGAAACUGGCGUAUCCAAAGGAAACACAUGCAGUCACAAUGGAUUUGAGGAAUGCAGACCAACAUUUAAGGAGUUGUUCAGCUGUAUUACAUAACACAUCAUCAGGUCUAACCUGCCUCUAUAUGAAAUGUAUAAAUUUGUAUCCAAAUUCCAGCAUAUUGAUGUGUACAGAAACAGUGUUCUCUGAACAUGAACUCCUGUCAAUUUCUCACAAAUUAAAUUUUUUUGAUGUUUUUUCACCAAAAGGUAACUGGUAGGGCAGGAGAGAUUUAAAGGAUUUCAGCAGCAGGUGAACUGAACUAUGUAAAGACAGACCUUUUACAUACAGAGGAACAGAUCCUAGUGAUGGUCAGAACCUGAACCAAGGUGCAACAGAAUUCAUGGUUAUGAACAAUUGGCCUCAGAGAGAGACUAGAAUUGUUUUAAACUUCUAAUCCUUAAUUACUAUGAAUUUUUGCUUAUUUAAUAUGAUUUGUUCUACAAAUUUUUGAGUGGAUUCAGGGAAUGGGUGGUGAGGUAGCACCAGGGCUGUUUUCAGUAUCUGUGCAGGAAUUAAUUUGGUUUUUAUAUGAUGCCCUAAAGAGGCUGCUUGCAGUCUUAACUAUAUGUAAAUAUACACCUGUUCUGCAACCCCUCAGGGCAGAGAAUUUCUUCCACUGCCCUCAGAGAAGUUUCUUUGUACCUCAGUUUUAAAUGAAGGCAUUAAGAGUGUUUUCAUUCGAGAUAACAAUUUCAAUAGUGAGGAGGGGAAGUACCAAAAAGGAUGAUCAUCAGUUCCAAGAUAUGUGGGAAGAUGGGUAGUCAGCUGGUUGAAGGGUAAAAUUUCCUCGUGACACAACAAAGAAGGGGGCUAUUUGCCUCAUAAGGACUAUGUUAGCUCCUACCAGAAGAAUUUCAUAGUCCCAUUCCCCUUCUGCUUUACAUGAAGUCCUUGCAUAACUGCAUGGAUGUACCUCCAAAAAAAAUUUGACAAUAUUUGGUUCCAGGUACUUACUGAAUCAAAUACAAUUGGUGUCUCUAUUCUAAACUAAGAAGAAAAAAAAUCCUUGAUUUCCAACUUCUGAUAACUAUUCAACCAGUUCCCCCGGUAAGAAGAUUUGGUGACACCUUACUUCUGCCUCAGAUUCAAAAUAUACAAACUUGUAUCUGAAGAUCAAAGAAUUAACAGACUACAGAUAAAUAGGGUAUGACAUCGCAUUUUGUCAUCUACAGUGGAGAAAUUAUGGAAACAAUUUAGGAUAAAAUAAAUCAGAGUGAAUGCUAAUGAAACUUAUAGUUGUGGUACCUUUAUAAGUUUCCAUUGAGGUUUAAAUUUGCACAAUGUGUCUAAUUCCAUGAGUCUAUCUAUGGCAUAUAAAAGGUAGUUGGACCAAAUCAAAUGGAUGCAUUUGCCUUCUUUAAAAAAAAUUGACGAGCCUGCCUUACAAAAUAGAGCAGCACAAUAUUAUUAAGAAAUGAAUAUUGUCUUGUAUUAAUGUGAUGUUUGCAGGCUGAAACAUAGGUAUUAAUCCAAGAUCUUGUAAAUCCCACCUACUUGAUUUUUAAUCUAAAUUUUUCAUGACAAUUAAGCUUUUGUUCAUUUUUGUUAAUUGUUCUGAGCACUGAGAUUUUUUCUUACAUAGGUAUUAUACUGUAUAUGUGACUGCCAGCACUGAAUGUUGCAUCUAGCAGGAACCAUGGCUUGUGCAGGGUAGGAUGAUCUGGCAAAUUUGGAUCUGGGAUGAGGAAGAAUUUAAUUGAUGGAUAAAAUAGCCAUUAUUUAAAGUGCACAUAAUUUGAUGUUCUGCAGGGGGAAAGACAUUAAUGGUUCAAAUGAACUCCAAUUUGUAGCUUUAUAACCCUCUGUAUUACCUAUCCUCAUAGGAAUUAUAUAUGCUGGGUUAGAUCUGUGCACCUACAAACAUUUUCACUUACACAUUGCAUUAAACUUAGUUUAUUCAAUGGGUCUUAAGUGUAUACACAGAGAGAGGUUAUUUUGACAACUGAGAGUCUAUAGUCUGAAGUGUUUUACAUUACCAUAGACAUUGAUAGCAUCAAGGAAUCAAAAGCUUUCCCAUUAUAAUCUGCCGAUGAAACAAAAUGUUUAGCACUGGGUUAUAAAACAAAUUGAAUGAUGGUCAAUUUUAUUAAAGUGUAAUGCAACAGCAUAUUCCAAAACUCAUUGUAAAUACAAAGUACACAAAAUGUAAUGAAAUUUCUAAUUUUUUAUGCAGCAAAUCUUAUUGUAUCUAAAACUAAUUUGUACAUAUUGUAGCAUAUUCAGAUGAUACUGAAUAUGCCCAUAUAAAUUAUAUAUUGAGUAUUGAUUUAUAAGGUACAGUAUUUAAUAGUAUUUAAUUCAAGCAAACUUUCUGCUAACCAAAGCAGGAAGAUGAUAUGUAUUAAGUUUGUCAUUCACAAUUUUGAAGUAGACGUUUAGUCCUUGUACUGAAUUGCAGAAUGGUACAAAGCACUGGAAUUUAAGUACUAAUUUUAAAAUGUGUUAAUUUGUCCAAACAGCUCUUAGGUCUGAAGAAAGUCUCAUCAAUUUUGAAGCUUUGUUCAGUAUUGUUUAAGUUUGUAGUAUUGGCUCGAAAGGCAAUUAUUUUUGACCUUUGUUCCUUUUUUUUUACUGUCGGAACCUGCUAGAUGUUUCUCCUAUCCAGAUCAUGUGAAAUUUAAAGUAUGUUUCUCUUAUUAAUCAGGUUUUUACUUUCAUUCUUCCCUGGACACUGAACUGAAAAUGCUUCAGGAUAUUAUGCAUGUGCAAAUUGAAUGAAAUAUGCAAAAUGUAAAGUUUGGCUUCACAGGAAAGAAUCGAAGAUUGAAAACAGCUUUUGUUUGGCCCUUAAUUUCUUCGUGUGUAAUAACAAUUAACAUUUAAACCAUUCUGCUUAAUCAUUUUUUGUACAAACUAUGAAAGGAAAAACAUAACUCCUAGGAGUGAUUAAAUUUAUUGUGACUUAGUCACACAAAUUUACUAAUCUUCUCUGAGAGAAUGUAGCCAAUUCAAAAGCAUUUUACUGUGAAUAAGGCAGCACUUAGCUCAGUCCAAACAAGUGUUAAAAUCUUUUUCGUUUUUAAAAGUGCUUUUUGUUUAUUUGUACAUGGUUAAUUUUGAAAAUUAGCAGUACUUCAGACAAUGUUUCCAGUUGAGACAAUCAGAUUGGGUAAGAAUUAAUUUGCCAUUUACUAGGGAGAUUUCUUGAAAUUAUUUCUAUAGAAAUUACGUUGCUCUUUAGACAAUGUUUUGUACAAAUAUCCUAAAUUGAAAUACUUAAGUAAUUACCUACAAAUGGUAUUCUUGGUAACCUGAAAUUUUAAUGAAUUUUUUAAAUGUAUGGAUGAAGUUUACUGACUGCAUCCAGCUAAGUGGAAGUAGUGUUAUGAUACAAAUGAAAGGAUAGAAGGGUUUCUGGUUCCAAAGUGAACAUGCGAGAUGCUGCAUUUUGGAGGUUUAGGUAAUUGUGCCACUAAUAGCUAGUGCAGAGUUAUGUAAACCAGUGGUUGAUGAGGGGACAAUUCCAUGAUGUAGCACAUCAACCAUUCACUCAAUUAGUAUUCUGUACUGAUUUCAUAACUUGGUUUAAAAUAAUUCCUAUAAAUUAUUCAGUAGUUUAAUAAGUGAUCAAUAUGUUUACUCAAGGUUAAAUGCACACAUAUCAAGCUGUUGCAACAGUACAUAUUUACUAAAGUUAAACAGAAGCCCACAAUUAUCAGUUCUAGUAAUUUUUCUCAGUAAUGCAGAAAACAAGUAUUUGAAGGAGCUAAAAAAACUGACAAUUUAAAUUACAUUAAUUCUUCAAAAACUUUCUCUUCUGAAACUUUAGCACUUAAUUUCAAUGCAGAUUGAACUCAAUUUUUAAAAUUAAGCCUUUAAACAAAUGUUCAGGGAAGGCAUCCCUGUGGGUGAGAAACUUCAGGCUGCUUACAUUUGACCACUUCGGAUGACCAAAUGGCAUGAAGCAAAUUUUGCAAUUUUUUUUUUGCAGUUAUAUUGGUGAUGCUGAGAUAAUGGUAACCAGAUGUUAAUUUUUUUUGUAAUUAUUUCACUUUAUCUCAUGCCUCCAGUCCACCCUCCUGAUUUUGCUGCACUUGUGUGUAUGAUGUAAGAGAGAAGUUAUAUCAAUUGGUGUUUUUCACUGUUAAAGGUUUUUAUAAAUGCAGGCAAUUGUGAUGGAAAAAGUCAUAAUUAAUGUCCAUUAAACACAAAUUAUCACACUAUCAUUUCACUUUGGUGGUCAUUAGUCUGUUGCGAACCUUUGAGCUGCCAGUUCAAUUUAUCUGGCCUGAGUGCCUUUGGAUUCUGUCAGUGAUAUUAUGUAUAAUAAGGCUAACUUACAUUAAAAUAAGAUAAUUUCUUUAUAGAACAAUACAAACAUGUGUACAAUACAUUAACUGUACUUGGAAGGAUGUUCUGACAUGUAGUGUUUCUUGUAAGUGGUUUGCACUAUGAAGAGGUUAACCUCAAAAUUCACAGAUUUAUGGCAACGUUGGAUUGCUUGGAGCUAUAGAUUAUUUUGACACUUCUGAACACAGAUUUCAUUUUUUGCUGGAACAGAGAUGUGUAAAAUGACUUUCCAAGUCCUCCUUUCUUUGUCAAUAAAAUAAUAAAGCAUGUUUCUCAAUCAACUUUUAAAAUGACCUGCUAAUGUGCAAGAAAUGUUUUGAUUACAAUUUAUACCAACUUGCCAAUUUUCUGUUGUAAUAUUUUAAAAUGCAUCAUUUUGAUAGUGCCAUAUUCUGUGUGUAUUGCUUUCCGUUCCUGAUUCCAUGUAUAUAAACCCACUUCAGUUGGAAAAACAAAUGGAUCGGAGAAUUCUCUGCUAUCUAAUCCAUUGCAGACAAAUUUGUUCUUAAAUUAUUAAAGAAUAUGAAUAUUAAUAUAAAAAUUCCUCCAGAAUUUGACUUUCAUUUAAAAUAUCCAGCAAAUACACGACAUCCAUGAAUCGUAAUAUUUUGUGCAGAUAGUUUGAUAUUGGGACUGUGCCAAUUUGUUUACUUUUUCUCAGUUUAAAGAUACCUACUUUUAUCACUAAUGUGCCUUACACACGGCUGCUGUAGACAUUAUAGUAAAAGGUUUGUUUUAUUAGUUGGUAGGUAAUGGUGAUUUUUUUAAAAAAAACAUCAUUGAAUUCAAAUUUUUACUGGCAUUUGUAUAAUGCUUUAAAAAUAGAAAAAUCUGUUGUUUUAUAAAAAUAUAAUUGGACAAGAAGAUAGAAUUUAGUAGGAGUGAAUAAAAACUUGGCCAUGUAGAUGAAUUUUCAGGAGGAUUAAAUGGAGGAGGUAAGGUUUAGACAGGUCAUUCACAGUGUGUGUGAAGUUUAGAUGAUUAAAGUUACGGUUUUAAUUGGGUAAAUCAGGUAAAGGGAGUUACACAGGCCAGAAGUGGGGAAUUAUAGACUUCAGGGAGGAAAGGGGAUAAAAUACACCAUGAUCACAUUCAUAGGAUGCCAUUUAUACCUGGAUUAGGGUCAUUUUAGUGUUGUGGUAGUGAAGUUCAAAUUUAGUUGAGAGGAAGAAUAUAGCAUGAAUGUUAGGGUGACAUAGAGAAUUUUAAUUUUCUACUGGGGGGGACAAAGGUACUGGAGAUGCUAGCGGACAAAAUGAUUGUGAAAAGAUUUUGAGAGAUUGGAAAGAGCUGAAGGCUGAUGAGGAUUUUAGGCUUGAUUCAGGCUGAGGUAGUUGAAUACAGUUUUGGUUUCAGUCAGAGUUGUCAAAAAAAAUCUGAGAUUCUUGUGUGGUGAAGGUGACAGUGAAGAAAGCAGGAUAACAGUUUAAGGAAUAAGUUGCUACCAGGAGAGGGAACUUGCCUUUUAUUUUCUGAUAAAUGUUAAACUCAACAGAAAGGAGAAGCGAUUAAACAAAUUAAUUGACAGCUGUGGAAAUGUUCAUGGUACAUUUUUUGAAGUUGUACUACUUGUGUUUGCUUAAGAGAAAACAAUGACUAAACUGCAGAAAAUGUAAAAUCGCCAUCUAUACAUAAUGCAGGAAGCAAGAUAUUUCUGUAACAUUUAAGUAUAUAUUACACAAUUUAGUUUUUAUCAUUUAAAUCGGUACAGAAUAGAUAAAAUCCUUCAGUUCCAUAGGUUAAGUUUCUACUUUUAAGUUGUGAAGUUCUUGCUUUCUAAUGUGGUCAGCUAAAUAAUGUAAUAUAUACUUAAUAGAAUUAAACGUCAUUGAUGCUGCUUCAGGCAAAUGCUUUUUGCUGUCCUGCACUGAGCAGAACUUGUUGACCACCACCUCCUCUUACCCUCAGUUUUGGAACAAUUCAAAUACUCAGACUUUUAUAUAUAAACACAUGAAUAUAUCAGUUAUUCAUUUGUUUUUACAGUACAGGUAAAGUUAUUUACCACAUUGCUUUUAUUUAUUUGUAUACUGCUCAGUGUAUAAGAUAAUUUUUGAUUUUUGAUUUCAUGGGAAAUUUCUUUAAAAAUAUAUUCUUUGUUCUCAGUACACUUUGCCUUGAUGUGGCUAUUGUCCUGGAAAUUUACACAAGUGGGGCAUGCAAUUAAUGCUACUGUGAUUGUAAUUUAUGUAAUUUUAAUUCAUGCAGUGGUCAUUUUGCACAUGGUUCAAUCAGGACUGAAAUAUAUAAAAUAUUUUAAUGUAUAUGUAUUUUAGCAUGCAGAGUUGUGCAUAAAAUGUAAUAAUGAAAUCCUGUUCUGUUAUUAGUGUAUUUGUUUCUCUGUGCACAUCAUUGUACAGAUCUGAAGCACUUUGGAGAACUGAAGAUAGGAUUUAUGUGGUUCAUUGGUUCCCUUAGAUACCAGAAGAUGUUUCUUAAAGAUGCUGCUAUAGAUUCUGGAGGAUCCAUCUGUAUUUUUGAUUAUUUGUUCAGCCAAAGUAGCAAUAAAGAUUUAUACUGCAUAAAAUAUAUGACUAUGAAAUUUUAUUCACAGCUAAAUUUAUAAUGCAUGCCAAGAGUUUACAGAUUUUCCCAUAGGGGUCAUCUGAAAUUGAAUCCUAAUUUUUUUUUUCAUUCUCUGGUCAAAUACUAAAAUCAACAAAAAAAAGGCUGCUUCCAGUUACAGAUCACAAAAUAUAAUCUGGAUUGGGGAAUGUCAAUAACUACCAGAAAAUAUAACUUGGUAGUAUCACAACAUAGUUGUUCAUGACUUUGCUUGAGUCAUGAAUGACAUGGGUGCCAGACAGUGUGAGAACCAACACAACACAGAAAAACAAAUCAGCACACAGCAGUUACUGGAAUUCUGAAAUGAAGGAUAAUACUGGUGAAGUUUAACAAAUUAAGCAGGAUCCGUGCAGAGGAAAAAUAAGUUGCAUCCUGAUAGUGAAGUAUAAAGUUGCAUCAUGGGGCGAAACAUGAAAUGAUGCUUUCUACAGCACUGAUCAAUCCUGUAAUUAGUACAUUGUUACUGAAAGGGGGAAGCUCCAGGAGCAUCCCCACUGUCAAUGGCAUCUUUUGUCACUGAU